AUGCCGAAAGUUAAAACUCCUAGAUCUCGUUCUAGCUCACCAUCUGAAGUUAUACGUGAAGCGGGUCGAAUGCCUAUCGUUCGACAAGAAAUAGACCUUAGUAAAGAGCCCCAUGAAGUGGUACAACUGGUAAAUGAGCUCAUUCGUGAAUAUGGAGAUGUUCGAACAACGAAAAGGAUAGACCAUUUAUGGAAUUCUUCUGUUAAUACUAGAGCUAAAACAAUUCCACGUCCACAAAAUUGUUUUAUACUCUUUCGCAACGAUAUAACGGCCGAGUAUAAUCCACAAAAAGGUGAUAAUAACGCUGAUAUUAGCGAUAAGAAAAAAACUGGUAAAAACGUUCCAAAAUCGUCUAAAAUCGCAAAGGAAAGGUGGGCAGCUAUUAAGAGAGACAAUCAACGUGAAUACCAAUUUUGGAUUAAAUUAACGGAAAUAGCAAAGCUGAAGCACACAUUAUUAUAUCCAAAUUAUAAAUAUUCUCCUGUUAGAAACAAAGAAUCGAGGAGCAAUGCUGAUAGAAAACGUAAAAGAUCGAAUAACAUUGAUGAGCAAAACGUUCAAAAUCAGGAACACAAAUCACCGUCUGCUCCUUCAAGCAUGCCUCCUGUUAUGGUAAGCCCAGAAUCUCUUGCGACAUCUCGUAUAAUUAUCCUUCCAGAAACUAUUCAUCUUGGGCUUGAUGAUAUCAAUACUACUACUACAAAACAACUUCUGAACGAUAAAUCCGCAGAAAUAAAGUCUGAUAAAAAUACCGCUUUGUUGCAGACUCAGGAAGCAAAGAACUUAGUACAAACUUUGCCUGACCAUAGUAGAUCAUGUCAAAAUAAUUUGACGAGCUCUGACUCGACACAACUUUUACCUAUUAGACCCCCUUCAAAUCAACAGUUGAUCUACACUUAUCCCACAUCAACGCAAAUACCAGGGAUGGCUGCUCAGUACACCCCUAUAUAUAAAGAAAGGAGAAGUUCUUCACCUUACUAUUUAUCGCCGACGAUAAUGGAACAACAAAUCAUCCCUCAGCAAAAUAUCGCCACCCAAAUAGCACAACAAUAUUUGACUUCGAGGGUUAUGAUGCCUGCAAGUCAACAUCAAUAUAUUCAAACUGCACCGCAACAAUUUAUCAAUCCUACUAUGCUCUUAGCUGCCUCUCCUGGACAACAAUAUCUUCAAUAUUAUCAACCACAAACGCCUCAACACGUAAAUUCUACUUCUAUAAUGCCACUUCCAACAUCACAACAUUCUCAACAACAAACACCUCAAUACAUAUCACCCGGAACUAUAAUCUCACCAUCACAACCACAUGGCCAACAAUCUUCGACUGCAAGUCGAUUUAAUCCCAGAAUUGAAUAUUAUCAAGAUGAUUUAUUUAUGUUAGGCAUCAAUGGCUUAAUUGAUCCUGCAUUAAUUCAUGAAAAUGAUCCAUAUAUUUCUAGUUUUAGUAGUUUUAGCAGCUUUAGUAGUGAGGAUCCUUAA